AUGUCAAUGUUGAACAUAUUCAACAGUACUGGUGUGACUGCACAACUCGUUUGGACAGUGGGCCAAACUGGCACAUCUAAUGGAGGACUUCGAUUUGGGAGUGGGACAGCCUAUGUUGACGAGCAGAUUAUUUCUCUACAUCUCAAUGUCAACAUUCUUCCUUUUACCGAUGAGUUACUACUAGCUAUUGUUUAUGACAUCUGUUCCAGUCCAGAACCAUGGUUCGAACCGGACUUUUGGUCCGGUUCUCCGCAGUUCGGUCCAUGGUUCUCACACCAGCCAGAACCGGACCGGAAAACGGUUCUCGGUUCUAGGUCUGCCCAAAUGGUCCCGUUCUGGUUUGGCCUUGCUGAACCAUUCCGAACUGUUAUCAACUUCAACUGCGACUUUGACUUCAACUGCGACUUUGACUUUGACUGCGACAACUUCAGUCUCCACAUCAAACUGUUGUCUUCAGGAUUUGCAUUAUUGGUUAACCAGGCUACCUUUAGCCUUUUUAAAGGUGACACUGCAAUCAGCCAGUUCUUCACAUUCAAUGCUCUCUUCGCCAUGAAUGAUUCUCCAUGGUUCACCUCUCGUGCCAACCUAACUCCCAGUACCCUCUUACUUCCUUUGGCACCCUCUCGCUACCUUUGGAGCCCUCUCACCAUCAAGUUCGGCGCCCUCUCGCUACCUUCAGCAUCCUCCCGCUACCUCUUUGACUCAGGGACUGGUGCUCAAUCUCACGCCAUCGCGCACAACCCAUCACACGCCACGCCACCUGCACCUAUGUGUUCACAUUCCCCACUAACAUCGACGAUUGAAUCAGUUAGCUCUUGGAUCAGCAGCUACAGAGGCAGAGGGGGGUUCAGUUCGAGUUCGGACCAGAAAAAAACCGAACCGGACCACAGAGAACGGUUCUCUGUGGUCCAGUUCUCGGUUCUCAUCCAGGACCCUCUGAACCGGACCGAACCAGACCACAGCAGCACUACAUUCAGCCCAUGUCAAUGA